AUGCUUUUCAAGGCCAUCACCGUCACAGCUCUUGCGGCUCUCUCCCUAGGUUUACCUGCGCCUCAGCUUGGUGGCGGCAACAGUGGUCUCGAUCAAAGUGGUCAGAGCGCCGCCGGUCAAAUCCCGGAUCAGGGUCGGGGACAAGGUCAGGGACAAGGCUUCGUCCUCGGAGGCUUCGGUGGUGGCGCCGGCAAGCUCGCAGACCAGAGCGGAGCCGAAACCGUGCCCCCCUUCAUCCCCCAUUUCACCUCAACCUCUACCAUCACCGGCCUCGCAACUCCCACCGACUACAUCAAGAGGGCCGCAGUCACUCCUAGCGGCAUUCCCAGUGGCCUCCCUCCGCUCCCUCCAUUCAUUUCGUCUCUUUACAUCUCCAUCCCCACCUCUUUCCCUCCUAUCACCGCCGGUUUACCUACUAGCCUCUUCGGUAGCUUCCCAACCGACUUCCCUUCUGGCGCCCCUACCGGUUACCCCACCCCCCCUUCCGUUCCUCACGUCAGCGGCUCGGUACAAUCUGGACUCCCCGAGGUACCCGUCCCCACCAGCUGGGCUGUUUAG